AAAUGUUCCGACCAAAAGGUUUCCAACAAAACCAUUUAUAAAACGUUUGCUCGAACACUGCCCCCAAGUUCGAAAGUCUCCAAAUCGGUGAUUUCUCUAUUAAAACACUUCAGUUGGGACAAAGUGGUGUUGGUGGUGUCUGAGAAUCAUUGGGACAAACAAGUUGAAGAAGCUUUGCUGAUUCGGGCUGAAGAAGAGAGUAUACAAAUCACCAACACCUUCUACAUACCAGGUUUUUACAUCAGCGGAAGUCACAACGAAAAUAUCAAACAAAUCAUCCAUGAAUCUUACAAGAUAACAAGAAUGGUUGUAACAAGAAGAUUCAUUAGUCAGCUAACUCUCUGUGGCUUCUUCAAGUUCUUUUCCACUUAUUCUGCAGUUUAUAUUAUCUUGGCUGACAUUGAUGCCCUGGUGGACUUCGCACGUUACAUGGGAAAACAAGAACUAUUGGACGACGGCAAGUACGUCAUCAUAUGUGUAGAAGAUAAAGAGGUUUAUGAUCCUGCCAAAUCACAACAGUAUCUAAAGAAGG